AUGCUGGGGUCUGAUGACUUCUUCUACGUUGGUGGGAGUCCUAGUACAGCUGACCUACCUGGUUCUCCUGUCAGCAACAAUUUCAUGGGCUGUCUGAAAGAGGUGGUCUAUAAGAAUAAUGACAUCCGUCUGGAGCUCUCCCGUCUGGCUCGCAUCGUAGACCCCAAGAUGAAGCUCCAGGGGGAAGUGGUGUUUAAGUGUGAGAACGUACCCACCCUGGACCCAAUCAACUUUGAGAGCCCUGAUUCCUACCUCAGCCUGCCCAAGUGGAAUACCAAGAGGGUCGGCUCCAUCUCCUUCGAUUUCAGGACCUCCGAACCUAACGGACUCAUCCUCUUCACCCAUGGCAAGGCCCAGGACCGUCGGGACGCGGCAGGGAAGAAGAACAACAAGGUGGACUUCUUCGCUGUGGAGCUGCUAGAUGGAGGGCUGUACCUGCUGUUGGACAUGGGCUCGGGAACCAUCAAGGUCAAAGCCACACAGAGCAAGGUCAACGACGGAGCCUGGCACCAUGUGGAUAUACAACGGGACGGACGAUCAGGCAUCAUCUCAGUCGACAGUCGGAGGACCCCCUUCACAGCCAGCGGAGAGAAUGAGAUCUUAGACCUGGAGGGACACCUCUACCUGGGUGGUCUCCCUGACAACCGCGUAGGCCUGGUGUUACCGACCGAACUGUGGACGGCCAUGUUGAACUACGGCUACGUGGGCUGCAUCAGGGACCUCUUCAUCGACGGACGCUCCAAAAACAUAAGGGCCAUCUCCGAGUCUCAGAACACCACAGGCAUCAGGCCCACCUGUAGUAAAGUGACAGGGAAACAGUGUGACAGUAAUCACUGUAAGAACAACGGCGUCUGUAAGGAAGGGUGGAACCGCUUUAUCUGCGACUGCACCGGGACUGGGUUCUGGGCCACCACGUGUGAGAGAGAGGCGUCUAUCCUGAGCUAUGACGGCAGUAUGUACAUGAAGGUGGUGAUGCCUGCGGUGAUGCACACAGAGGCAGAGGACGUCUCCCUACGCUUUAUGUCCCAGCGUGCAUUUGGGCUCCUCAUGGCCGCUACCUCCCGGGACUCCGCCGAUACGCUCCGUCUGGAGCUGGACAGCGGCCGUGUCAAACUCACGGUCAACCUAGACUGUGUCAGGAUAAACUGUAACACCAGCAAGGGACAAGAGACUCUAUAUGCGGGCCAAAAGCUCAAUGAUAAUGACUGGCACUCUGUCAGAGUGGUCCGACGCGGUAAAAACUUCAAACUGACAGUCGAUGAAGACAUAUCUGAAGGCCAGAUGGCAGGCGACCACACCCGUCUGGAGUUCCAUAAUGUGGAGACAGGCAUUCUGACAGAGAAGCGUUUCAUCUCGUCCUCCCCCUCCUCUUUCAUUGGACAUCUGCAGGGCCUGAAGUUCAACGGUAUGUUCUACAUUGACAUGUGUAAGAAUGGAGACAUUGACUUCUGUGAGCUCAACGCCCGCUUUGGCAUGCGCUCCAUCAUUGCUGACCCGGUGACCUUCAAGUCCAAGGGCAGCUACCUGGGCCUGGCCACCCUGCAGGCCUACACCACCAUGCACCUGUUCUUCCAGUUCAAGACCACAUCGCCUGACGGAUUCAUACUGUUCAACAGUGGAGACGGGAACGACUUCAUUGCUGUGGAGCUGGUCAAAGGGUUUGUCCACUAUGUGUUUGAUCUGGGGAACGGGCCCAGUCUACUGAAGGGGAACAAUGAGAGAGCUCUGAAUGACAACCAGUGGCACAAUGUGGUCAUCACUAGGGACGCCACCAACACACACACACUGAAGGUGGAUGCCAAGUCUGUCACACAGAACAUCAACGGAGCCAAGAACCUAGACCUCAAAGGUGAUCUGUUUGUGGCAGGUCUGGGGCCCAACAUGUAUCAGAACCUUCCUAAGCUGGUUGUCUCUAGGGAGGGUUUCCAGGGCUGUCUGGCAUCUGUCGAUCUCAACGGCCGUCUGCCUGACCUCAUCAAUGAUGCCCUGUUCCGCUCCGGACAGAUCGAACGCGGCUGUGAAGGACCCAGCACCACCUGUCAGGAGGACUCCUGUACCAACAUGGGCGUGUGUAUUCAACAGUGGGAGAACUUUACCUGCGACUGCACAAUGACCUCUUACACAGGGACACAGUGCAACGACCCUGGUACCACGUAUAUCUUCGGUAAGGGCGGGGGUCUGAUCACGUAUACAUGGCCUAACAACGAGAGGCCCAGCACACGUACCGACCGUCUGGCUGUGGGCUUCAGCACCACCAUCAAUGAUGGAAUCCUGGUUCGCAUCGACAGCGCUCCACGACUAGGAGACUACAUCAUGCUACACAUCACGGAAGGCAAGGUGGGCGUGACGUUCAACAUCGGCACGGUGGACAUCAGUGUGAAGGAGUUAAACACUGCGAUCAAUGACGGGAAAUAUCACCUGGUUCGAUUCACAAGGAAUGGGGGAAACGCCACCCUGCAGGUGGAUAACUGGCCAAUCAACGAACACUUCCCCGCAGGCCGGCAGCUCACCAUCUUCAACACCCAGGCGGCCAUCUCUAUAGGCGGUAAUGACCGUAAACGUCCCUACCAGGGACAGCUGUCUGGCCUCUACUACAACGGACUAAAGGUCCUCAACAUGGCCGCCGAAGGUCACGCCAACAUCAAGGUGAACGGGAGCGUCCGAUUGGUGGGUGACAUGCCCACCAGUAGGGGCGCUGCCCGCACCACCACCUCUGUGCCACCUGAGAUGUCCACCACCUUCAUAGAGACCACUACGACUCUGUCUACGACCACCACGAGGAAACAGCGCUCCCCACCCACCAUUCAGCCAACGACAGAUGACAUAGUAUCGUCGGCGGAGUGUUCCAGCGAUGACGAGGAUCUGGAGGAGUGUGAGGUGCCUGCCGCGUUACCCACCGCACCAGUCGUGAGGCGGGUGCCCCCGGGGGCCUCUGAGGUGAUACGAGAAUCCAGCAGCACAACGGGCAUGGUGGUUGGCAUCGUCUCGGCCGCGGCACUUUGCAUCCUCAUCCUCCUCUACGCCAUGUACAAGUACAGGAACAGGGACGAAGGCUCCUACCAGGUAGACGAGACACGGAAUUACAUCAGCAACUCAGCGCAGACCAACGGCACCGUGGUGAAAGACAAAGCACCCAGCGGGGGCAGUGGCGCCAAGGGAUCCAGCGGCAAGAGACCGAAAGACAAGGACAAAGAAUACUAUGUAUAA